CCUCACUAUGAGUCUCCAGCUUUUCAGAAGCACAAGCUGGCUGAUCCUACUGGACAUCUGCCCGACAAGGUCUGUUCCCUCCAUGACAAACCCCUGGAGAGCUACUGCCGUACCGACCAGCAGUGCAUCUGUUAUUCCUGUAAGACGUUUGAACACAGAGACCAUGACACAAUCGCAGCUGCUGCAGAAAGGGCGGAGAUGCAGAAAGAUAUGGGUGAAACCCAGAUGGAAUUUCAGCAGAGAAUUGAAGUGAAAGAGAAGGAGCUGCAGGAGCUGAGAGAGGCUGUGGACUCAAUCACAGUGAGUAUGAACCUGAAGAGAAGAUAACAGCUGGCUUGUAAGAACUAUUUCAGGCGUGAAUUGAGGUUCUUCCACAGAUGGGUGUCUUGAGUGGUUUAUGGUAAAUUAAAUUCACUGUGAGUUAUAAUGAGUCAGGGAUUUCCCACAGGGGAGGGACAAAGGCACUGAACAGGGGGGUUAAUCUAAAUGAAAGGUCUUUCUCAAAUGGCCUUUAAAUAAUAUUCUUUCUAACAAAUGACAAAGUUUCAU